AUAUCCUACUCUAACUAUCGUAAUAAACAAUACAUAUAAAAACUAAAAAAUAAUAUUUGAGGAAAAUUAUAAUUUAUAAUAUAUCAACAAUUAAAAUAUGAAUUACAUACCAUAAUGAAAUGCGUUUUUGUGAGCCUUAUCAUUGAGACCAUUAUAAUAAUUCAAUCUAGUCAACAUUUUAUACCACCACUGCCGCACUGCGUCGUCGCCGAAAUCUGCAACCACACAAAAGUAAAGGUUUGCGGAGAGGACACUAAGAAGUCCGAACACCGGAUUUUCCAUGACCAAUGUGAUAUGUUCGAGUUAAAUUGCGACGCCGACAGAGAAUUCAAACAAGUUGAUUAUUCAGCUUGUUAUCAACAAACGAGGAACGGAGUGCCUGUGAAUAUUUAUAGCAGUAGAAGAAGAUAUGAUAAAAAGGUAUUGGAGAAAAUGAAAAAGGAAAUGGCGGAAGCUAAAGCCACGGUUACAUUGAAACGUUUUCGGUUAAAGCAUCCAAUAACGCUACCUGUUACUACUGCUACCACUAAUAUUACUGCUGUUACUUCUGGAACGCUAGCUGUUAAUAAUACUUUCAAUAAUAUUACUACUAUUAUUCCUGUAACGCUAACUGUUAAUAAUACUUCCACUAAUAUUACUACUAUUACUCCUGUAAUGAGUAUAUCUACAGUCAUAUUAAAAAAGGAGACUGUAUGGAGAAAUGGAAAAUUGGUUAUGAAAAUAGUAAAAGGCAUGGAGCACGAAAAUCCUCGCAUGUCGAAUGAGUCGAGUGAGUAUCUAAGCGUAACAUCAAAUACUGUUCGAUAGAUUAACGAUAAAUAAAUAAAAUUUCUGUUUCA